GACCUAACCACAAACACCCAACAAAUACAAUAAACAAGCUUCACUAUCCAAACACACAAAACGUUUCAAUUCUAACAAUGGCUGCUUCUACAAUGGCCCUCUCCUCCCCGUCAUUCGCCGGACAGGCAGUGAAGCUCUCCCCUUCUGCCCCUGAGCUUAUGGGCAAUGGCCGUGUCUCAAUGAGAAAGACCGCCUCCAAGUCUGUCUCCUCUGGUAGCCCAUGGUACGGUCCAGACCGUGUUAAAUACUUGGGCCCUUUCUCUGGUGAGGCUCCAUCCUACUUGACCGGUGAGUUCCCAGGUGAUUACGGCUGGGACACUGCUGGGCUAUCUGCUGACCCAGAGACCUUUGCCAAGAACCGUGAGCUUGAAGUCAUCCACUGCAGAUGGGCCAUGCUUGGAGCUCUCGGAUGCGUCUUCCCUGAGCUCUUGGCUCGCAACGGUGUUAAAUUCGGCGAGGCUGUAUGGUUCAAGGCUGGAUCCCAGAUCUUCAGCGAGGGUGGUCUUGACUACUUGGGGAACCCGAGCUUGGUCCACGCUCAAAGCAUUUUGGCCAUCUGGGCAUGCCAAGUUGUGUUGAUGGGUGCUAUUGAAGGUUACAGAGUGGCAGGUGGUCCACUAGGUGAGAUCACAGACCCAAUCUACCCAGGAGGAAGCUUCGACCCAUUAAAUUUGGCAGAAGACCCAGAGGCAUUCUCCGAAUUGAAGGUUAAGGAGAUCAAGAACGGAAGGCUUGCGAUGUUCUCAAUGUUCGGAUUCUUUGUACAAGCCAUCGUAACAGGAAAGGGACCAAUAGAGAACUUGGCAGACCACCUAGCAGACCCAGUGAACUACAAUGCCUGGGCAUUUGCGACUAACUUUGCUCCUGGAAAGUGAAGCCAAAUGUUUGAGUGAUUUUCUAUAAAAUUAUGUAAAUUACUGUAGACUACAACAGUUGCAUGAAACACUGGAUUUGAAAUUAAAGGAUUCAUCAAUACCUAAGAAAUGAAAUUACGAGAAA